GAAUUUGAACAAGUCUGCUGAGCUUGUUUUUACGUCUGACCUGCAUGUCGCUUUUUCAUCAGAAGUUUCAUUAUAGAGCAUAUCCGGGAAGUGCAGCCUGAUUCAGAUCAACGCCUACCUGGUUACUUUAAAUGAAGAUUGUUUUCUGCUUAUUAAAGAGUAUCAGGAAAAAAAAUAUGAAAGCUGCUUCACAAUUAAACCAAACCUAAAUUCAUUAAUCUUAAAAAUAAUUCAGAUAAUAAUUUUUCAAUUCAGACACAUCUAAAUAACAAUGUUCAAGUCAGAGUUUGAACCCUCCUCUCCGAGAAGAGCGGAUACAUGAGUACAUGAAACUCAAAAGGAUGUGGUCUAGUGUGAGAUGAGGAAGAAAGUGAAGAGGAAGAAGCGUACUGAACUCUGACAGAAAAAAAAAAAAAAGUACUGCCGUCUGUCACCGAGACAGAACUCUGCGCAGAUCUGGAUCCAGUGGACUUUUCUCAUUUUGAGAAUGUGUAGAGUUUAUGUAAAUAUGCACUGAAGAAGGAGACAAGAUGGAAGUGGAGGAGAGUGGUGAAACGAGGACUUCCUGGUAUGAUACCGUUUGUUCUUAUAUCUGUCUAACUUUACGACAAACUGAACUAAAAUCAUGUCGCUGUUAAUCCACACCUGUCUGUCCUUCGCAUUUAAAUUUGUAGGACAUGUAUACACAACUGCUUUAGUGACAACUUUAUCAUUCAGAAAUACUCUUAUUUAAAGCUGAAGAUUAUGCAAUUGUUCUAAAAUAUAGUGUAGCAUAAAAUUCUGUUACUUCGGCACACUUGAUUUUGGAUUUAAAAAUCGCAUUUAUGUCUUUUUAGGUCUGCUGGAUCAGAGAAAGACAAAUGUGAUCAUGCUGCGGUAAACCAAGACAUUCACCUCUUUUUUUGUUUCUUGUUUUUCUGUCUUAAUAUUUCACGGGUGUUCUCAGGAGGGUAAAAAAGUAAAAAUGUAUGAUUUUCUCUUUUUAGAAAAAGAGAAAACAAGACCCGACCCCUGAACCUGUCAUCAGAAUCACAGAGGUGAGUGUAAAAUCUGAGACGCACCAUAAAAAACUGUUGCGUUGCCUUUUUUUCUUCAUCUUCAAGUCUCUUUCUCCAUUUCUGAGCAACAAACGGAAGUUAGUCAACCUUACCUUUGUAACCACAAUUCUCAGAGCAGAGCUGACGAGGUAUAUUCAUGUGUGCAGCUGCAGGAGCUCAGUGAACACACAAACCUUUAAAUCAUAUCUUAAAACCACUUAGCAAAUUUUAGCUGGUGAUUUUUUUUGUACUUCUGUGCCAGCCAUCUUUAAUGAGUCUGCUGUCACGUAAAAAGGGUGAAUGUAAGAUAUUUUUGGACAGUUUUCUGAGAAUACACUCGAUAUACAGCUGAUGUGGUUAUCACUGCAAAGAAAAAAAACAGGCAGACAUCUUGUGUUUCUACUACAGCGCCACAGUUUCAACCUCCUUCCUCUUUGAAAGUGUCACACAGGAAACUAGAGAUGUGCACCAUGCAACAUCUCAGUGUUCUCCACUGUCACUUCAAGUCUCUUCAUUAAACUUCUUUGAGAUUCUGUUAUCUGACCUGCUCUGUUUUAUUUUAAGGAUGAAGAGGAGGAGGAGGAAGGUGAAAUGAUGUCUGAUCACAUGGUGGAUUCAGAGGUAGGUGUCGUAGCGCUCUGCAGGUCUAAGAUUUGUGUUUUGUAGAGCAACCAAUGAGCCACGCAGAGAAGCUUGUGGCUCAAUUAUUGUUCACGCUGUCAAAGCCAGUUUCUAACUUUGAACCUUGAUUUCGUUGUAGGAGCCCAGUAAUAAAAGGGUUAAACCUGUGGUCAAGUCCAACAGUGUAACAGGGGUCAUAACCCCAGUGAAAACCCCUGCUCUGAAACGCAUCGGACAGUCCAUUUCGGUAAAACAUUGCCCAAACCCACUCGCAUACCUGCUGUCACACAGAAAGAACAUGUCUUUUAUAUGUCGAUUUUCAACCGCUCUGCUUUUUUUCACAGAGGUCUAUCAGUUUUCGCACCGAGGCCCGACCUCUGCCCCCGGCCCCCCUGCGCUCUCGCCCCAAAGCAUCAUCGUUUCCACGCCGGCGCAACAGCCAGUGCUGGAGUGACACUGUGGAGAGUCACGACCUCACUGCAAAGGAGAUUAAACGACAAGAGGUGAAACUCCUGAGAAACUGGUCCUCUUACUCAUAUCGUGCCACCCUUUAAAACAAUAUGUAGGUCAGACUGUGGGGCCGUGGUUCGCAGCAUGGGCAGGGCUUACCAGUCCCUGCUCUUCACUUCUGUGAAGCAGCACUACAGGGCUAUUAUGAAAGAGGAUGUGAGCUGGCACUUUAAGCUCAACUUCCCUUAUUGAACAAUCAGCUGUGAAACUCAUGCUGUGUGUAUUUCACAUCAUGUGCAAUAGCGUGUUUUUGCAGUUUGCAGGCAUCCUCAUGUUUGUCUUUCUGUCCUGCAGGUGAUCUAUGAGCUGACCCAAGGGGAGAGACAACUCAUCGAUGAUCUCAGCCUGGUCAAGAAGGUCCAGAAGCAUUUUAGUAUCAUGGCUUUACAUACGAGUUUAGUCUGGUUGCAUAUAUCUGUAUCACUUCUGGGCAUCAAUUUCUUUCUUUUCCUGCAUGACUUCCACUCUUACUCAAGUUUUGUUCAUGCAGGUGUACUAUGAGCCAAUGCUGAAGUUGGACAUCAUGACAGAAAGUGAGCUCGGACAGAUCUUUGGUACUCUGGACUCACUCAUUCCUCUCCAUGAAGGUAACAAUAUCUCCUCUUUGUGUGAAAACAAAGAUGUAUUUUUUUUAUCAUACCAAAUCUUAAUUUUUUUCUUAAUACUGGGUAGGACUGCUCUUAUGUCUUUUCUUUUUUUUUUCUUUUUUCUUUUUUUUAAUAAUUCCAUUUUUUAUUUUUAUUUUUUUCAAUGUUGCAACAGACAAAUGAACAUUAAACAAAACCGACAGAAUGGAUGUCAAGCGUAAUAAUAAUAAUACGAUAAAUAAAUAAAAGAAAAUAAGAAAUAAAAGAAAAAAAUAGAAUAAAAAUCUUAAAGUACAGAAAUGAAAAAUAAGACUAAGGCAGAUAAGUUGGCAAGGCAAGAAAAUUAGCACAUCUGUCUCCCAAAACUAUCCUAUUUUUUUUUUAUCAUGUUAUUUUUCUCUGAUGUAUUUUCUUCUUUCUUUUUUUUAAAUAAUUCAAUUAAUUAUUUUUUUAAUGUUGCAACAGACAAACAAACAUCAAACAAAACAGACAGAAUGGAGGUCAAGAACAGUAAUAAUAAUAAAAUAAAUUAAUUUAAAAAAUAGAUAAAUCUGAAAGUACAUAAACUAAAAAUAAGACAAGCAGAUAAGUUGGCAAGGCAAGAAAAUUAGCACACCUUUCCGCCUAAACUAUCCUAUUUUCCUUUAAUCACAUCAUUCUGCUCUGAUGUUUUUUCAAUGAAAUAUCUACAUUUAGCAUGUUCUGCAUUUGUUUUUGUCCUCCAGAUCUCUUGAGUCGUCUAGAGCGGCUGAGAGGAUCAGAGAAGACUGUAGGAGAGGUGGGGCCUACUCUGUUGAACUGGGUGAGUAUCUCCAUGGAAACCAAGGAUAAAUAGAAAGGAAAGGGGGAAAAAAGGACAGAACCCACCUUCACAUGCUAAAGUUCCUGUAUUUUCGCUGUUUUGUUUCACUUUAAACUGGUGUUGCAGAGUUCACACUGUGUGCGUCUCAGCUUUUCUCUGACUCAGAAUUUCUGGUCUCUGUCUCAGUCAUCAUUCUUCCUCUUCCUGCAGUUCCCUUGCCUGGAGGCCUAUGUUACUUACUGCUGUAACCAGGUGGGGGCUAAAGCUCUGCUGGACCAGAAAAAGCAAGAGAAAAGAGUGGAGCACUUUCUGCGUCUGUGUCAGGAGUCUUCAUUCAGCAGGAAACUGGACCUGUGGAACUUUCUAGAUCUCCCUCGGAGCCGUUUGGUGAAAUACCCACUGUUGUUGAAAGAGAUCCAGAAGUGCACGCCUCCAGAGCACCCAGAUGAAGACACGUUACCUGAUGCUGUAAGUUGGUGUCCUAUAUGCUCCAUUUUACUCUUUGUAUACACAGAAAAACUUACCGCUUAUGAAAACUUAUUUCUUAAAGGAGCUUGGUCUUUUUUUAGUUUGUCAGAGCAACAAAAAUCUAAAUUUCUCUCUCUGAUCAAUAAUAAUAAUAAUAAUAAUAAUAAUAAUAAUAUUAAUAAUAACUUUAUUUUUAUAGCACUUUGAAAAACAGAAGUUUACAAAGUGCUUUGACAAAUAGUCAAAAAGUACAUGUAAGUAAAGACAGAUGACAACAAAAAGCAAAGUUAAAACGGAAUUGAGGGCGAUUUUCAUACGUCAUAAGGAAACCCAGACAAUACAAGAACCAUGCAACAUAAAAUGAGACCAUGAGAAAGUGCAAUAAAAAAAUGGGUUUAAGCAGAAAACAGGAUAGUAAAUACAAAAGACAAUAUUAAUAAUGAUAAUAAAAUAAUUGCAAAGAUCAAACUAACCCUGUUCAAGGUCUGUCAAAUAUAUACACAUUAUCAAAUAACACACCAAACUGAAUCAGUGUUGUACAUUAAAGCUACCAUGGGGACUUUUUAAAUGGUUAUGGAAUAGACCAAGAAUAAAGAUGCAGCCUUAUAAUGACUGACCAAGAUAACCAAGAACAAUUGUCAGAUGUGAUUAUUAUCUUUUACUAAUUUUACAGCAAAUAUUUAAAUUGAGAAGUCCAUUUGACUGUAAAAAGAGGAUAGGGUGGUGCAAUGGUGCUUCAAAUUGGCUUAAAAAGGUUGCUUAGUAAAACUCUAGGACCAAAUAGCUUUAAGAUAGGACAUAAAUAAUUGUUGUCCAUUUGAAUUGCCUUUAGUCUUCUGCCAUGGACAUAAAUAGUCCACUUAACAAACAGGACCGACAGAAUAAAGGACUUUUUUUCUUACUCUUUUAUUGCAAUUAUUACCACAUAAAGACACAGUUUCGCAGUUUUUACAAGAUGGGACUCUCUCUUUAUCUGAAGUGAUGAAACAGUUUUAAAAAAACACACUGAUGCUUAGUCACACUGUUGUAUUUAGCUGGAGCUGAUCCAGAGCAUCGUGGGGGAGGUGAACAAGAAGACGGGCGAGGCAGAAUGUCAGUUCUACAGGAGAGGUCUCAGCUACCUGGACGAGAGUCAGAGACUAUCAGAGAUCCAGCAGUCCCGCUUCCUGUACUGUCAUGGAGAGCUGAAGAACAACAAGGGCCAGGUAACUGUUCCCUCAUCAUAAUACAUUUCAAUAAGAUACAUAUUUUUUAAGAAAUGCUAGUUCCCUUGUAUUUUUACUGCUAUUUCUCUUUGAUUUACAGUUUUCCUGUCUGCACUGUAACUGUUAUACCUAAAUGAUUGAUUAAUUUGACCCCUCUCCUCUCCAUGCCACUUUGUAUAUUGAUAAAUACGGUAUAUUCAUCUGUCUCUUUUGUCAGCGGCUUCAUGUCUUCCUGUUUGAGCUUGCGUUGGUGCUGACCAGGCCAGGUGAGGACAAAGAUGGAGGUCAGGUGUUCAGUGUGUACAGACAGCCUCUGCCCAACGCCCUGAUCAAUCUAGAGGAAAUCCCAGAUGGAGAGGCUGCUGGAGGAGGCUCCUUCAGAGGGGCGUUUACUGGGAAUGAUAAAGGUGAGGUCUAAAUAUGAUGGAUUCAACAAAUGAAACAGGUUCAGAGAAUUUAUAUCACCCCAUCUAGUUGUUAAAAGUGAAAACUACAACUGAAUUUCUGCUCAACAUCCCUCCUCCCUCUCUCUCUUUUUUCUUCAUCUCUUCAGUGAAGAACUGUUUCCGUGUGAGCAGCAGAGGGCGCUCCAAAGCCAACCCUUACAGCCUGCAGGCCAACGACUCCUUCAGCAAGCAGCAGUGGAUCAGCUGUCUGCGGCAGGCCAUCGUCCAGUCCAGGGACAGGACGGCUCACACCAGCCAGUCCCGGCUCUCCCUGCACCCUGACCCCGCCCUGUGUCACAUAGCCGAGCUCAGCCUCAGCUCGGACACGGACAUGGCGGACCACACCAGCCGCUGACUGUUUCACAAACUGAGGCCUUUGGGUGUCUGCAGACCUGUACAUUGACUCUGUAGGAAAUAAAAAAAAGGACUUAAUGUGAAAGAAUAUUGUGGUUAAAACCUGCAUUGAAUGUCUGUUUUAUCUUUUCUGUUCUUGUAUUUUUUGAUGGAUUGUAUGAUUGUGGUGAUUGUAUGAUUGAAGUGGAGUGUGUUACACAACUUGAGCAGUAUUAUUGAAUGUGUAAAGUUUAUUAUUGUUGAUUUUUUUUUAAUAAACUGACACUCAAAA